AUGUCCUCUUUCAGUCAACGCAGCUCCUAUUCCACGAGUACAUCUCCCACCAAGCGGUCAACUCGGUCUCACCGUGGGUCACCUCAGAAGCCUAGUAGCAAUCUGCGAAAAGAAUUUCCUCUUGUUCUACUUCAUUGUACUCUACUGCCCCCUACAUUGCUGUCCCACCUAUCGACCGAGGACGAUCCAAUCUUAGUAGAAUUGCUGCCGCAAGAAUACAGAAAGCGAUGGGAUACGCUGAGAGAAAAGUUGGUUGAUGAUCUGGAAGUUAAAUCUCGGGGAAUAUUGAUCCCUCAUCCUCGCGAGGAUUACGAGCUCCUUGAGGAGAGACUCUUGGAAACAUUAGAUCUUGAAGGACCCCGGAUCCGACACAAUCAUUUCUUUCACCGGGAUACAAGCAAUGGUGACAGUGGGUUUGAAAGUGGAAGCGUUACAGAUGACGAUGCGGAUUCCAGCUGUCACAAAACAGACGGAGCGAAAUGCGUUGAUUGUGGAAGCCAGCUACGCCCUAGGACUGACAACUGCAGAUGGGAGGUGAAGGUGUAUGCUGCCAAUGGACUAAUGAGAGCUGGAGCCUGGGAAGCCGCGUGGCAAGAGAUGGAAAAGGUGGAUGUAGAAAUUCGAAUCAGAUUGCCCGAAUCCAUUCGCAGAGAUCUGGAAUCCAAAAUGAUUGAACUUGGGUCUUCACAGCUGCCGCCAAACAUCAUUCAGCCUGAUCCGGAAGGCGAUCCCCUAGACGACGAGGCAGGGCUUGACACUCGUGAUCGGGAGGUGUAUGGCACAUCUGGCCGCCCAAGGAACCAAGCUGAAAUUGAUGGCUUCUACGACGAACUUCCACACAUAAACAUUGCAACGACCCCUCAAGAGAUGCCCAUUCCGAGGCAUGAGGAGCCUGAUUUUCAACAACUUCUGGCUCAAAGUAUGCAUAGAUUUGCCCAAGACCGCAACAACAUUCUCGUUGGGGUAUUGAGCUUUCUGGUCUUAUUCUUUGCUUUGGCGGGCAAGAAGCAAACAGAAACAGUGAAUCAAGGUCACCUUCCUGCGGUGCGGGUAACAGAAGUACUCACCACAACAACUGUCACAGCCACCGCCGUUGCAUAUUCAACCGAAACCAUUACCACCUCCAUCAGAUUGGAGAGCCCAUCGACCCAAAUCCUGUCAGAUGAUACAGGACCAGACAAUCCAUCGAUCAAUGAGGACUUUCAUUCGUUUCUACAGAGUGACAACUCGUCGGCCACGAGGAGUGCAUCUUCUGUUGGGUCAGAUACGACGAGUGAUGUUACUGUGCAUGAAAUCUCGCCUCAGAGCCCAGGUCGGUAA